GCCCCCCGAUACGACCCCCCCAGCAAUGAUGCCUUACCCGUGUCGCUAUGAAGUUAAUGUACCGAUAGGUUACGCCAAACACCUACGGGGAAGAACCAAUAAUCGUUGCACCGCGGAAAGCGACAGAGGGUGCCACCCUAUCGACUCUGACCGACAGACAGCUACUCCGUAGGUAAGUUGUCGUCACAAACCCCACACGCAUGCAUGUACCUCAACUGCCUGCCGCAGCUGCAAGCCCUACUACUAGUAGUAGCUGCCAACGGGCUGCAGCACGCCAGAUCACCGACAGAACCAACCAGCCUCACAGACAUGGACAAACGAAGGCGAGAGGCGAAGCGAAGCGACAGAACCUGGACACUUUGCCACUGAUUGAUGUAUCGCCGUGUUCGCUCCUCACCAGUCGUCCAGACGGACAGACAAUGGAUCGAUUGCCAUCAAUUGCAUACUACACAGCACACCCAAACAACCAUCGAAUUAGGGGGGGGGGAGGAAACAGAAUCAUCAUGUUAUUGCCGCCCGCUUCCCAUCGGCUCGAGCCGAUUCUCCCUCCCUUCCUUACCCUUCUAUACCUCCUACCACUAACUUGUUGUAAAACCGGGGAAUUCCCGAAACAGCCAGCCGCGGACAGCUCAUCUCCAGCUUUCCAAGUCCGGGCAUCCCGUCCGCGCCCGCACGCUAAAAUCGGGAUGUGGACAUGUGUGGGUCGGACUGGGGUUUAGUACGGAGUAUGUAGUCCCAGAGUCUGGGAUUCACUGGCAUAUCUUCUCACAUAUAACAAAGGUGAGGGUGCGGCUGUCUCCGAUAUCUGUCUCAAUGUCAUGUACUGUGCACAUGCAUGAUUUUACUGUAGGAC